GGUCUUCGGGUAAAGAUGGCAGAGCGUGGUUACAGCUUUUCGCUGACUGCAUUCAGCCCGUCUGGUAAACUUGUCCAGAUAGAAUACGCUUUGGCUGCUGUAGCUGGAGGAGCUCCUUCAGUGGGAAUUAAAGCUGCAAAUGGCGUGGUCUUGGCAACUGAGAAGAAACAGAAAUCCAUUCUGUAUGAUGAAUGAAGUGUCCACAAAGUGGAACCAAUCACCAAGCAUAUAUGUAUAUAUAUGUGUAUAGUGUAUAGUAGCAUGGGCCCAGAUUACAGGGUACUUGUGCACAGAGCUCGAAAACUAGCUCAACAGUACUAUCUCGUUUACCAAGAACCUGUUCCCACAGCUCAACUGGUCCAGAGAGUAGCUUCCGUGCUGCAGGAAUAUACCCAGUCAGGUGGUGUUCGCCCAUUUGGAGUUUCUUUACUUAUCUGUGGUUGGAAUGAGGGACGGCCAUAUUUAUUUCAGUCAGAUCCAUCUGGAGCUUACUUUGCCUGGAAAGCCACAGCAAUGGGAAGGAACUAUGUGAAUGGGAAGACUUUCCUUGAGAAAAGAUAUAAUGAAGAUCUGGAACUUGAAGAUGCCAUUCAUACAGCCAUAUUAACCCUAAAGGAAAGCUUUGAAGGGCAGAUGACAGAAGAUAAUAUAGAAGUUGGAAUCUGCAACGAAGCCGGAUUUAGGAGGCUUACCCCAACUGAAGUUAAGGAUUAUUUGGCUGCCAUUCAUAAUCAAAUAAUGAAGUGACUGAAAAUGCAGAAUUUUAGAUAACUUCUCUACUUAAACAUGUUUAAAGUAUGUUUUGUUUUGCAGACUUUUUGCAUACUUAUUUCUACAUGGUUUGAUGGACUGAUGUUUUUAAAAUGAGACCAGAUAAACCUGCGAGUCCCAAGUUUAUAGUGAUGCUGGACGGUGUCCCCAGCCCCCCAGGAUACAUGUCAGAUCAAGAGGAGGACAUGAGCUCUGAAGGAAUGAGAGCCGCCCAGCACCCUGCAGCCUCACACGGGGGACUCGCGGGUCUGCUCCGCCCGCCGCACGCCCGCGUGCUGAGCAGGCAGCUUGAGGACCCAGAUGGUAGCUUUGCAAACGCUGAGAUGAGUGAGCUGAGCGUGGCGCAGAAGCCAGAGAAGCUGCUGGAGCGCUGCCAGUCCUGGCCUGCCUGCAAGAACGGGGACGAGUGCGCUUACCAUCGCCCCGUGUCGCCUUGCGAAGCCUUUCCCAAUUGUGAAUUUGCUGAGAAGUGUCUAUUUGUUCAUCCAAAUUGUAAAUAUGAUGCAAAAUGUACUAAACCAGAUUGUCCCUUCACUCACAUGAGCCGAAGAACCCCAGGACUGCCUCCAAAACCAGUCACAGCACCAGCACCGCCUUCCAGUAGUCAGCUGUGCCGCUACUUCCCAGCUUGUAAGAAAAUGGAGUGUCCCUUCUAUCAUCCGAAACACUGUAGGUUUAACACGCAGUGUACGCGACCUGACUGUACGUUCUAUCACCCCACCAUUACUGUGCCACCGCGACAUGCCUUGAAAUGGGUUCGACCUCAGACCAGUGAAUGAUACCCAGUCCUACCUGACGGAAGACUGUGGCGUUUGAAAGUUUCCAUCUACUGAUGAAAGACAUUCUGCAGAAUUUGUCAAAUCUUGGAAACUUGGAAUAUAUUGCUUUCAUAAUAUGAAGUUUAUUGCCUAUCUGAAGUGUCUAAUUUUUCAAGUUUGUAAGUUUAUUAAGUGAUUUUAACAUUGGGUCUUUGUUGUUUUGUUUUGACUGUGGAAAGACAGUUUAAGGAAAAGCUGAAAUCUAUUAAAACAUUUGAGGCAUGUUUGUAAAAAAAA